GCGCGUGCUUCUGGACUCGGCUGAAGAAGAUGGCGGUCUCAGGAGUUAGAGUUCCACGCAAUUUUCGCUUGUUGGAGGAGCUUGAAGAGGGGCAGAAGGGCGAAGGCGACGGCACAGUCAGCUGGGGCCUUGAGGAUGACGAAGACAUGACUCUCACACGGUGGACAGGCAUGAUCAUUGGACCAGGGAGAACCAAUUAUGAGAACAGGAUAUACAGUCUGAAAGUGGAAUGUGGACCCAAAUACCCCGAGUCAGCCCCAACUGUUAGAUUUGUAACAAAAAUUAGCAUGAAUGGGAUAAAUAAUUCCAACGGCACGGUGGAUUCACGUAGCAUACCAAUAUUAGCAAAAUGGCAGAAUUCUUAUAGCAUUAAAAUCGUUCUUCAAGAGUUAAGGCGUCUAAUGCUGUCCAAAGAAAAUAUGAAGCUUCCACAACCACCAGAAGGACAAACCUACAGCAAUUAAUCGUAAUGGAUUGUUUUGACCCUCUGUCUUAAUACCUUACUCUCUUAGAAAUAUUGUGUAAAAUCAUCAAGAAGCUCACUCCGCACAUCAACAGUAUCAUCUGCAAGAGCAAGAUUGGACUUGAUUACUUAGCUCAUUGAAAAAGGAAGUGUCCCUGCAGUUAGGCACUGAAAAGAUAGUCAAGACUACAAGACCACAUAUAUAUGCCUUUUAAAAAAAGUUACUGACAAUGCCUUUCGUGUUCAACAUGUUCAAGCUUGAGUGGGCUUGAAGAGGGAAGCAUGACGCCACGCAGAGGCUGUACCAGAGUCCCAGUAGUUUAAUGUUCAAAUUAUCGAUCACUGAAGUAAACACAAAGAUGUGUCUAAGAAGGCAUGUUCUGUAACUAAUACUAGUCAAAGAGAGGCCACAUUUGAGUUGUUAGUCAAAACUUAGCAGGUUCAUUGAAAUAUCAUGCAGUUUGCUAAAUAUUGAACUGUGGCUGUAGUCUAAAAGUAAUGUCACAAGGUAAGCAAGUUUUUUAUUUUGUUUUUUUUUAAAGAAAUAUACGUAUUUGACACGAUACCAAUAUGAUUCUGUUCUGCAGCUCUUUGACAUGUAACCGACAUUGAAGCCUGUUCUGUUCUGAAACCCUCACAUUUAACUUCUGGUGAAAAUGGCAGGUGUAUGAACUUGUGAUUUUCAGAAAUUAAAAUCACUGUCUGCGAAAAA